UCCGGCACAACCUCGGGAAGGAGUCACGCUGCGGGUUCUGAGCCCACGCUGUGAAAACCAUUCCCCCCCCGCCGCGGCAGAUCGUGGCAGAUCGCGGCCACGGCGCACAGAGCCGCCCCGAGGACGCACAGGCACGCACCAUGGCGCGCUGAAGGAAUGCGUCAAGACGCGGACGCGCUGCACUAGAGUAAACGUUCACAGGUCAGUCCACGGGGGCUCUGCUGGCAAGUUUUAGGAAAGAAAUAGCAGAAAUAAAACGAUCAGUGUGCGAUCAUUGCGGGUCUUUGCGCGUGGAUGGAUGACGCCACCGCUUAACAGGUCCCGCCGGCAGGAAAAGCUGCUCCGGAGCAAGUGUUGAACGUGAGGUUCUGCACACGCAGACCUGCUUGUACUGCUGGAAGCAGUUUUUUUUUUGGACUGUGGAUGUGAGUUUUGUCGCAUCAGUAAAGCGCCCGGAGACCCGCAGCCGGAGCUGGAGGGGACCGGACCCCCCGGAGGAUCCAGUCUAACCUGAGAAACAUGUGAAAACCCUUGUGAAGUUUUGACCUGCAAGUUAGUCUUCAAAAAAGCCCAAACACCAAGGUCACGUCGCCCUUUCGGCUCAUCCAUUCUCUCUGCUCACUCAGCAGUUUCCCUGCAGGCGUGUUAAACAUGGAGGGCCGGCAGCCUGCACACAGAACUUUAUCACCUUACCCUCGGUUGAGAGCAGUGGCUGCUCUAAUAGGCUUCUUGCUUCUAGCAAUUCCUGCCAUAUCCGGUGGGGAGACCUUCACUAGUUUCCACCCUGAACGACGAGACUGGGUCUUUAACCACCUGACUGUUCACCAGACCACAGGCGCAUUGUAUAUUGGAGCUGUCAACCGUGUGUACAAGGUCUCAGGCAACUUGACCCUACUUGUUUCCCAUGAUACUGGCCCAGAGGAUGACAAUAAGGCCUGCUACCCCCCACUGAUUGUCCAGCCCUGCUCUGAGCCCCUCGUGUCCACCAACAAUGUCAACAAGCUUCUCCUCAUUGAUUAUUCCCAGAAUCGCUUGCUGGCCUGUGGGAGCCUCUACCAGGGUGUCUGCAAACUCCUCAGACUGGAUGACCUCUUCAUCUUAGUGGAACCCUCCCAUAAGAAGGAGCAUUACCUCUCCAGUGUCAACCAAACGGGGACGAUGUAUGGGGUCAUUGUGCCUUCGCAGGGCCAGGACGGCACCCUGUUCAUUGGCACGGCGGUGGAUGGCAAACAGGAUUACUUUCCCACUAUCUCCAGUCGAAAGCUGCCACGGGACCCAGAAUCCUCUGCCAUGCUCGACUACGAAUUGCACACUGAUUUUGUGUCCUCCCUCAUCAAAAUACCAUCAGACACACUGGCACUGGUGUCCCACUUUGACAUCUACUACGUUUACGGCUUUGCCAGCGGGAGCUUUGUUUACUUCCUGACUGUUCAGCCGGAGACGCCGGAGAACGGCAUGUCGUCUAGCGGAUCCGGCAGCGAUCUCUUCUACACCUCCCGCAUCGUUCGCCUCUGCAAAGACGAUCGCAAGUUCCACUCCUACGUCUCCUUGCCCGUGGGCUGCGUGAAGAACGGGGUCGAGUAUCGGCUCCUGCAGGCCGCCUACCUCGGCAAGCCGGGUCGCAUUCUCGCUGCCUCCCUCAACAUCAGCGCCCAAGACGACGUCCUCUUUACCGUUUUCUCCAAGGGCCAGAAGCAGUUCCACCGUCCGCCAGAUGACUCGGCGCUCUGCGUCUUCACCAUUCGAGACAUCAACGCCCGGAUUAAGGAGCGCUUGCAGUCCUGCUAUCAGGGGGAAGGAAAUCUAGAGCUCAACUGGCUCCUUGGGAAGGAUGUGCAGUGCACCAAAGCGCCGGUGCCCAUUGACGACUCCUUCUGUGGUCUGGACAUCAACCAGCCUCUCGGCGGCUCUCAGCUGGUCACCGGACACACUCUCUUCACCGAGACUCGAGACCGCAUGACGUCCGUGACCUCCUACGUCUACAACGGCUACUGCGUUGCUUUCGUGGGCACCAAGAGUGGACGUCUGAAGAAGAUUCGUGUUGACGGACCUCCUCACGGCGGCAUCCAGUACGAGACCAUAUCCGUCAUCAAGGACGGCAGCCCCGUUCUCAGAGACAUGGCCUUCUCCCUGGACCGCAACUUCCUCUACGUGAUGUCCGAGAGACAGGUCACCCAGGUUCCCAUCGAGUCGUGUGAGCAGUAUGGGACGUGCGGAGAGUGUCUCAGUUCUGGAGACCCCCACUGCGGCUGGUGUGUCCUGCACAACAUAUGCUCUCAGAAGAAUCGAUGUGAGCGCGCCAACGAGCCGUAUCGUUUCGCCGCUUCUCUCAACCAGUGUGUGAAGGCCGCCGUCUACCCAGACAGCAUCGCCGUGUCAGAGCCAAGCGUACCUCUGCUGGUGAAGGUCAACAAUGUUCCAGACCUUUCUGCAGGCAUCACCUGCUCCUUCGGCAACCUGACGGAGGUGGAGGGGCAAGUGAGUGGCAACCAGAUCCUCUGCAUCUCCCCUGCUGCCAAGGAUGUCCCGCUCAUCCCCACAGACCAAGACUGGUCCGGCGUUGAGCUGAAGCUCAACUCUAAGGAGACCAGCCAGAUGCUGAUCAGCACAGAGAUUAAGUUUUACAACUGUAGCGUCCACCAGCUGUGCCUAUCAUGCGUGAACAGCGCCUUCCGCUGCCACUGGUGCAAAUACCGCAACCUGUGCACGCACGACCCUUCCAGCUGCUCCUUCCAGGAGGGACGGGUCAACACGUCGGAGGACUGUCCCCAGCUGGUGCGCUCUGAGGAGAUCCUGAUCCCGGCAGGGGAGGUGAAGCCAAUAACCCUGAAGGCCAAGAACCUGCCGCAGCCCCAGUCCGGCCAGCGGGGCUACGAGUGCGUGCUGCACAUCCAGGGGGUCAGCUACCGCGUCACCGCCCUGCGCUUCAACAGCUCCAGCGUGCAGUGCCAGAACAGCUCGUAUCUGUACGAGGGCAUGAGGAUCAGUGAGCUGCCUGUGGAUUUCUCAGUGGUGUGGAACGGCAACUUCAUUAUUGAUAACCCAGAGAACAUAAAAGUGCACUUGUACAAGUGCGCGGCCCAGCGGGACAGCUGCGGCAUGUGUCUGAAGGCGGAGAGGAAGUUCCAGUGCGGCUGGUGCAGCGGGGAAGGCAAGUGCACGCUACGGCACCACUGCCCCCCCAUCAGCCCCUACACAACGCGCUGGCUCAACCUGUCCACCAAGAACGUGAAGUGCACCAACCCACGCAUCACUGAGGUGACCCCGGUGGCCGGACCCCCAGAGGGAGGAACCCGGGUCACCAUCUACGGCACAAACCUGGGCCUGGCCUUCUCCGACAUGGUGGACAACGUGGAGGUGGCGGGGGUGAGGUGCACCCCUGUGGAGGACGGCUACAUUAUCGCUGAACAGAUCGUGUGCGAGAUGGCUGCAGCUCCUGCGGACAAUAAAGCGGGUCCGGUCCAGCUGUGCGUCGGCGAGUGCAGACCAGAACUCAGGGCUCGCUCCUCGCAUCUCUACUCCUUUGUGACUCCGACAGUCACCGGCCUGUCGCCCAGCAGAGGUCCGGAGUCGGGAGGAACCAAAGUCACCAUCCUGGGAGAAAACCUGGGAGCCGGCAGCAGCGUCAACGUUCAGUUCGGGAACCAGACAUGCGAGUUCUUCGGGCGGACGAUGACGGAGAUCGUGUGCUACUCCGCCCCGUCUCUGUCCGGCGUGGGCCCGGUCCAGAUCAGCGUCGGGGUGGAUCACGCCCAGAUCAGGGAGAGCCUCACCUUCGAGUACAUCGAGGACCCGACGGUCCAGCGCAUCGAGCCGGACUGGAGCAUCGCCAGUGGCCAUACCCCUCUGAUGGUAACGGGGACCAACCUGGAUGUAAUUCAGGAGCCCAGGAUCCGGGUGAAGUACGCUGGACGAGAGUCCGUCAAUGUGUGUAAAGUGCUGAACACCACCAGCAUGAGCUGCUUUGCCCCGUCCCUGAUGGCCGAGUACCACCCGAGUCUGGACACGGUGAAACACGCCGACGAGUUCGGCUUCAUCUUCAACAACGUCCAGGCGCUGCUGGUCUACAACAACACCAACCUGCUCUACUACCCCAACCCGUACUUUGAGCCCCUCAGCACCUCCGGGGUCCUGGAGCAGAAACCAGGCUCACCCAUCAUCCUUAAGGGCCGGAACCUGAUUCCCCCGGCGUCGGGAGGGGUGAAGCUGAACUACACGGUGCUGCUGGGAGAAACCCCCUGCUCCGUCACCGUGUCUGAGAGCCAGCUGCUGUGCGAGCCGCCCAACCUCACCGGACAGUACAAAGUUGUGGUUCAAGUGGGCGGCCUGAGCGUGUCCCCCGGAGCCGUCCACAUCAUGUCCGACAGCCUGCUGACCCUCCCGGCCAUCGUCAGCAUCGCGGCCGGUGGAGGUCUCCUGCUCAUCAUCGUCAUCCUCGUCCUCAUCGCUUACAAGCGAAAGUCGCGUGAAAACGACCUCACGCUGAAGCGCCUGCAGAUGCAAAUGGACAACCUGGAGUCCCGGGUUGCACUGGAGUGCAAGGAAGCCUUUGCAGAGUUGCAGACGGACAUCAAUGAACUCACCAGCGAUCUGGACAGAGCUGGCAUCCCCCAUCUGGACUACAGGACGUACGUCAUGAGAGUGCUGUUCCCUGGGAUAGAAGACCACCCCGUCCUCCGAGAACUGGAGGUUUCAGGUAACGGCCAGCAGAACGUGGAGAAGGCCCUGAAGCUGUUUGGUCAGCUCAUCAACAACAAAGUGUUCCUGCUCACCUUCAUCCGAACGCUGGAAAUGCAGCGCUCUUUCUCCAUGAGAGACCGCGGCAACGUGGCCUCGCUCAUCAUGACCGCCCUGCAAGGCCGGCUGGAAUACGCCACCGAUGUCCUCAAACACCUCCUGUCCGACCUGAUCGACCGCAACCUGGAGAGCAAGAACCAUCCCAAGUUGCUGCUGCGCAGAACAGAGUCGGUUGCAGAGAAGAUGCUCACAAACUGGUUCGCCUUCCUUCUCCACAAAUUCCUCAAGGAGUGUGCCGGGGAGCCUCUGUUCAUGCUGUACUGCGCCAUCAAGCAGCAGAUGGAGAAGGGGCCCAUCGACGCCAUCACCGGAGAGGCCCGCUACUCCCUGAGUGAAGACAAGCUCAUCCGCCAGCAGAUCGAGUACAAAACCCUGAUCCUGAACUGCGUCAACCCCGACAACGAGAACAGCCCGGAGAUUCCCGUGAAGGUGUUGAACUGCGACACCAUCACCCAGGUGAAGGAGAAGAUCCUGGACGCCGUGUACAAGAACAUGCCCUACUCUCAGCGGCCCCGCGCCGUGGACAUGGACCUGGAGUGGCGUCAGGGACGAAUGGCCCGCGUGGUGCUGCAAGAUGAAGACAUCACCACCAAGAUAGAAAACGACUGGAAGAGACUCAACACUCUUUUGCACUACCAGGUGUCGGACCGCUCCGUCGUGGCGUUGGUUCCCAAGCAGACCUCCUCGUACAACAUCCCGUCCUCGGCCAGCAUAUCACGCACCUCCAUCAGCAGAUACGACUCGUCGUUCCGCUACACGGGGAGCCCAGACAGCCUCCGCUCACGAGCCCCCAUGAUCACGCCAGACCUGGAGAGCGGCGUGAAGGUGUGGCACUUGGUGAAAAACCACGAGCACGGAGACCAGAAGGAAGGUGACCGGGGCAGUAAGAUGGUCUCUGAGAUUUAUCUGACCCGGCUGCUAGCCACCAAGGGCACACUACAAAAAUUUGUGGACGACUUAUUUGAGACGCUGUUCAGCACGGUCCACCGGGGGAGCACCCUUCCCCUGGCCAUCAAAUACAUGUUUGACUUCCUGGACGAGCAGGCGGACAAGCAUGGCAUCUACGACACGGACGUACGUCACACAUGGAAAAGCAACUGUCUUCCAUUGCGUUUCUGGGUGAACGUGAUCAAGAACCCGCAGUUUGUGUUUGACAUCCACAAGAGCAGCAUCACAGACGCCUGCCUGUCUGUUGUGGCUCAGACCUUUAUGGAUUCCUGCUCCACUUCUGAGCACCGCCUGGGCAAAGACUCCCCAUCAAACAAGCUCUUAUACGCUAAAGAUAUCCCCAAUUAUAAGAGCUGGGUAGAGAGGUACUAUGCUGACAUCAACCGGCUGCCAGCCAUUAGUGACCAGGACAUGAAUGCCUAUUUGGCAGAACAGGCCAGACUCCACUCCACAGAGUUCAACAUGCUCAGCGCUCUCAACGAGAUCUACUCGUACGUCAGCAAGUACAGCGAGGAGAUCACUGCGGCGCUGGAGCAGGACGAGCAGGCCAGGAAGCAGAGGCUGGCCUACAAAGUGGAGCAGCUCAUCUCGGCCAUGUCUCUGGAGAGCUGAGGGUGACCUCCACAGAGACGGAGAGAGACGGGGAGAGAGGCAGGACCACUGUCCCUGCAGGACCUCCUGGAAAAGGUCGAUACUUACCUCUCAUCGUGGGAAACUGCAAACCACGAACCACACCUGGGACCUCUGUAACCACAGCUGGACGAACACGGAACAGCUUUACUCUGUCAUUCUCCCACCUCCUUUCAUUACGAUGCCAGCAGACUGAGGAAGGGGCUCUGCAGCUGGGACGGAUGGAUGGUGGUAUAUAUAUCUAAGGGACAUCGGCAAAAGGAAGCAACAACUUGGAUUCAUUUUGGUCGUUUUGUUUAUCAUUUUCUUUUGCUCAGAUGACAUUUACUCAGUUUGGCAGCAAAAUGCAUGUCGUGUGUGUGGGUGUUCACAUGUGUGGGUGCGCACGAGUGUGUGUCAUAUUGACGAAGACUUUCGACAAGACUGCAAGAGAAAAUGGAGGAACAGAUUUAGUUUGUGCAAUUCUUAAGUGAGUGUGAAGUGGAGAAAACAAAGGUGACGUGGGACAGCUGAGACCGCUUUCAGAUUUCUCUUUUUAUUUCCAUAGUCUCUGCAUUUCAAUGUUAUCCAUUGCAGUUGAAACUGAAGCUGGCAGGUAGGCAGGCAUCCCAAACAACAUCAAUGUUGUAUACAGACACCGCAUUAUGUGACGCCACAUAAGGUCAGUAUGGUGAUAAAAUGCACCACGAUCCAUGUCUUCUCUCAAUGCUUUCCUCGUUGGACUGAUACCUCAGACAACACGGAACAGACCAAACCCCUGCUCUGUAUUUAACCAGAAACACACCCAUCCCGACUCAGUGGUGGUCACCGUCCAGCCAGCACGCUUGCACCCAAACCGAGGAACACAGAGGUUUCGGUUCCCAGUGUGUUUGGGAGUCGGCAUCGCUCUGCUAUCAAAGGCUUUCCUCAGCUGUUCCGUCAUCUGUCUACGUACCAGUUGAUAAUUGCCAAUCAGUGUCUGUGAAUGUACUUUUUUUAUUUCAUUUUUUUUAAUCUAUAUAUGCGUGUGUUUGUGUGUUUUUUUUUAGUUUUGCAACAAAUAUUGUCUCAGUUGAACUGAGCUGCGUAGAUAUUUGCUGUCAAUUGUCCUGUGAAGAACUCUAUUCUGUCCAUUCUGGCCCCGAUCCAUCCGUUGGGAUUCAUUUCUGCUAGAAGAGAGUGUGUAUCUGCGUCGUGUCCAUCGCUGCUGUGAGUCUGCAGCCGUGUGCAAUCACAGGUGACAGCACCUGGUUUCUCUAGGCUUUCACUCUGUACAUUUCCACGGGGCUGCAUCUCUUUGGGAACUUGAUCGGCUCCGUGUACUGCAUGCCUGAUAUCACACAUCCGAACUGUUUUAGGGUCCAUCUUUGAUUUUUUAUCAAGUGCCAAUGAGCCAUGCCUUCUUCACUUGGCCAGUUGAGAUGUUACAGCCGUUUUAGGGAAGACAUUUCUCCAACCGCCACCUAUGUUUCUGACCAGGUGAUAAGAUUUCUGUGUGAUUUUAGCUUAAGUGCCAAAAGAUCAAAGUGUUUCAAAAAAUGUUCACUGAUGUGUCCAAAUCGGUUUAUGCUUUACAGAGGACAUAUUUUCAGUACAGAGUUGGUUCAUGUUAAAGCUCCAAAAAACUUGGAAUGGUUACUUUUGAACGGUGUGAAAGGUACUGAGUACAACCAGAAGGGAAACAGAUCUCAGACUGGGAAGAAAAACAUAUAACGCAUUAAAGAAAAGAACAAAAAACAAGUAGGUUUCAUGUCGGGUGGGUUCAUUUCUAGACUUAAACCAAACAUACUGACGUACGCUUCCAGACUUUAGGUGAUUAUUUAAAAAAAAAAAAAAAAGAGGAUUCAAAAAAAGCCCUGUAGAUUCUGUCCUGUGGAUAGUGGAUUUCAUUUCUUCCAAGACAUGUUUGCUUGUUGUCUAAAUCAAGUACUUGAAAAUAGUUAGUUUUAAAGGUUUGUACAGUAUGUUAAAAUUGUGUAUGUUGAAAGCAUGGAAAGGGAUGGUGAAAGGUGCUUCUUUUUUCUGUGGCCUUAGCUCCCCCCGUCGUCUUUGUGUCCCAGAUCUUACGAGUCCUCAGUGAGGACGCAGAGCUUUCAGUGCUGCAAAAACCCCCCACUUUUCCUGUGACACCAGGCACUCGCACUCAUCUGAAAAGCUGUGAAAGAAGGUAAAGGGAAAGGUGAAAGGGUUGCACUCGCUCGACGCUCUGCCUGAGCUGUUUGAGAGCAACGAGGAGCAACGGCGGGGUAGAGCGAGAGAGACCCCUUUAGCUGGAGUAUCCUGCUACCGGCUUUGAAGCCGCUCUUUGAUCUGAGUCAGUUGUGUGCACAGUGUGAUCAGGAAAAAACAUCAAACUAACAGGCAAGGAGAAAAUGUCAGACGAGGUGAGGAUUGACGUGCUGUAAUCACAUCCCACCAGCGGGGGCAGAAGAGAGAGAGAGAGACAGAGCAGUUGGAUUUUGUCGAUUUUCUGUGGUUCCAUAAUCACCUGGAGACCUUAGCUCAUAAUUCUGGCUUUGUAUCAAGGCAUUUCUUUGGCAGAUCAAAUUUAAAAAUAAUAUGCACCAUGUCUCUGUGUCCAGAUUUGACUUUAAAACAAAAUAAAUUCUCUACGUAGAUUUUUUUUAACAUAUCGCAUCAGCUUUCACUAGAAGUAAAGCAGUUUCAUCAUCUGUGAUGCAGCUGACCUUUUUGCAGGUGGAAUUGAAAGAAGUACCAGCCCAAUUAAAGGCAAAAGUAGCGGACAAUAUGACAGUUCUGCAUUCAGUUCCUGUCUUAUUAGUUUAUAGAAGAUGAUUUUAAAAAAAAAAAGUGUUUUCUUCAAAUGUCAUGAUUGUGAAAUUCUGUAUUUUGUCAGAAUUUCACAGCCAAAGUUACGGUUUUGUGACAUUAUAACUAUAAGAUGCAUCAUAAUUAUGAAUUAAGGUCUCCGAUCUUUUGAAUCUUUUUUUUUUCAUGUUUUCUCAGCACCACGCCCUUUUCUCUAUCCUUUUCCACUUUCUAAUAAACAUCUAUAGGUACACAAUGGUGCGCAUUUGCAGUACAAAAGCAAAACAUAAAGCUUCUUCCUUUGGAUUAAGGUGUCUUCCCAACUUCAGCGAAUAGAAAUGUAUCCUCCUCAUACCUCACAUUGCUUGUACUGAGUAAUGCUUUUUGUCAUUUUAAUGGGACCUUUAUGCCUUUUCCUUUUCCAAGGAAUGAACUCUAUAUACGUCUCACAGAGUCCUUCCCACCGGACGGGCUCCCCUGUACACAGAGGUCGGAUGAACAAAAUCGGGCACACAAACUGGUUGAGAAUGGCUCUCGGAGAUGGUUUAUAUCACGAUAUUUCCCUUUGUCUUGUGAGAUUUUUUGCAUGCGUUUUUAAUCCCUGCUUUAGUUCUUGCUUGAGAUUCCAACAUCUGUCGGUGCCAUGAUCUCGUGUAGCGGCAAUCUUCCAUUUUGUAAACAUCUUAGAUCACAGCUGAAUGCACCUUUUUUUUUGUGAAAGAGAUUUUUUUUUUUUUUUUUUUUUUUUUUUUUUUUUGUAGUUGAAUAAUCGCUUGCUGUGUUUCCAUUCCUGUUCCACACUCAUUACUGGGAAUCCUUUUGAUUUAGUUUGAACGAAGAACAAGGAAGUUUCUUCACUCCUUCUGCAGUGCGGAAUCCCAUUUUGACUGCCAGUUGUGGGAAAUCUGGAGAGAAGAACGAUGAACACAACCUCUUUUCAGAUGAAACUUGUUGCUCAUUGAAGUUGCUUUGCACUUUUUCUGCUUCCGGUGAAAAACGUCCCGCCCAAGAAACUGUGAUAUGGUUUUGACUGGCACUCGCCGCUCCGUAAACGCAUCAAAGCGUCUCCUUUUCCUUUCUGCGUGUUUGUUUGCUUGCUUACAGCAUCAGACAGAGGAACUGAAAUCGCGAUCGGUGUAUAAUUCUCAAUAUGAAAUGAAUAUCCCUCAGUUUUAAACACCUUGUAAACAAACCCUUUGUAGACACUGGAGUACUGUAAAAUAGUAAUUACUGGCAAUGAUGACGAUGAUGAUGAUAAUAAUAAUGGCUGUCUGUUCUUUUUUGUUUUAUAAAAGUGUUGUGAAAAUUGUAAGAAACUUAAAGUAUUUAAAAAAGGUUGUUCUCUUGUUUUUUUAAUUUGCUUUGAUUUUGUUAUUAUAUAUUAUUGUGUACCUAUUGUAAAUAUGAAGCACACCUAUUUUGCAAGCCAAGGAUUCUCUUUGUACUGUUGUUAUAUAUAAAUAAACUUUGCUGGUUAAAAAUGGCCUAAAA